GUCGCGUGGUUCUAGGUCGAUCUGAAUAAUCAGGGACUUAUUACCUGAGUGAAACCUGAAAGAAUGUGGCUCGAAGAAUGCGAUAGUUUCGCAGAAUUAUGUCGGGGAUAUCUGCCGUAUUACUUACUGAUCAUUUUGCCGAUAUUUAUUAUUAUCUCUCCAGUUAACCCAGUUUCGGCAUCGCAUGAAUUCCCCGUGUAUCGGAUGCACCAGUAUGACUUGCAUGGUGAACCUCACGGUUGUCGUAACGCUCCAAUCUCCUUGGAAGCGAGGUCCCUCACUGGAUGGAGCACUUCUAGACACUGUGUAGUUACAAAAGCUUUGGAUCUUACGCCAAGUAUGUUCCACUCCAUCAAAAACAAAGCUGGUGCCUUAAUAGUUGUCCUACCAGAGAAAAUCAAUGAUCUAACGCUUGAGGAGCAGCAGCAUAUUAUGAGCUUGGAAGAGUCCAUGAUGUUUGGGCCAGAAACAACAAUACCAGUGUAUUUUGCUUCAUGGCAUCCUGAUUUUCAAAUGAUUUUGGACGACCUUUCCAAUGGAUUUAUUACCGAUGAAAAAGCUGGUUCAGCUGCUGAAGCAAUGUUGAACUCUGUAUCUGCCAGUGGCUAUCAAGUGGUUGUGCCAACUGGUCAGGCACUUGUUAAGACAGACGUUAAAGUGGCAACUCUGCAUGGAAAAUUAGCUGGUACCAAAGUAGAAGACAAGUUGCCAACAAUAGCUUUGGUAACCCAUUAUGAUAGUACUGGAGUUGCACCUGAGCUAUCUUUUGGAGCAGACAGUAAUGCGUCAGGAGUGGCUAUGUUAUUAGAGAUAGCAAGAUUAUUCUCUACAUUGUAUUCUGCCAGUAGAUCAAGACCACAAUAUAAUCUUGUCUUUAUUAUAACUGGUACAGGGAAGAUUAAUUACCAAGGUAGUAAAAAGUGGUUGGAGGAUCAGCUAGAUGGUCUUGAGGGUUCUGUAAUACAAGAUGCAGCAUAUGUUAUUUGCUUGGACACAGUAUCUACCGGCAAUAACCUAUAUGUACAUGUUUCUAAACCGCCAAAAGAAAAUUCCACUGGUGGACUUUUUUAUAAGGAACUUAAAACUGUGUCCGAAUCAUUAAACACAACCACUAUUGAAGGUGUCCACAAAAAAAUAAAUCUAGCCGAUAAAACACUAGCUUGGGAACAUGAAAGAUAUAGUAUGAGGAGAUUACCAGCUGCAACUUUAUCCACGCUAAAAAAUCAUGAAGAUCCUAUCAGAACAACAAUUUUAGACUUAAUAAAACCGGGACAUAUAGAUAGACUACAUAAGCAUACGCAAGUAGUAGCUGAAGCAUUGGCAAGACAUAUAUAUAACUUGAGUUCUAGUCAGAUUUUCACAGAUCCAUUGGAUAUUUCAAAGGAAUCUUUAUCUUUAUGGUUCGAUUAUUUAGCAUCACAACCAAGGGCUGCUCCUUUAUUGGCAGACAAAAAUAACAUGUUAGUCAAUACAUUGAAGGAAUCAAUGGCUAGAUAUCUUGGGGAUGUAAAAGUUACCUUGCACACACCUGAUAAACAGGAUCCGGAAUUUGUGUUCUAUGAUAUCACUAAAGCUAUACUGAAUGUAUACAGUGUAAAGCCAGCUGUUUUUGAUCUCUUUCUCACGAUCGCCAUAAUUGUAUAUUUGGGAAUAGUUUACACAAUCGUACAUAAUUUCCCAUACGCAUAUUCCCUAGCAAUUCGUCUCUCAGUCAAGAACAAGACAUUAUAA